AUGCAAUCAGAAGAUCAUAAUUCAACAUCUCAUAACCACAUAAAAAAGAAGAGAGUUGGUAAAGCUUGUGAUUCAUGUCGAAUCAAAAAGACAAAAUGUGAUGGUAAGAAACCAUGUAAUAGAUGUAUACUAGACAAUAAGAUUUGCGUAUUUACCGAAAAGAAAAAACAACGAGAAAAGAAUCAUCCAAAUGGAUAUAUUGAAUUAUUAGAAACUAGAUUAGAUAUCUUAACUAAACUGUUUAACAAAUUAAUUGAAUUAUCACAACCUCAUUUAAGUUUUAUUGAUGAAAUAAUUGAAGAAAAUAGACAAUUGAAAUUGAUGAAGAAACAACAGCAACAGCGAGAUAUCGAUGAUGAUUCUUCAGACGACAUUUCAGAAGGAGAUGAAGAACAUGAAGGAGGUGAAGGUGAUGACGCGGAUGUUGUUCCUAUUAAUAGAGUCAUUUCAUAUUUGAUCAAUCAACAAGGAUUAUUAAAUAAUGUUCCUGUUGAAUGGGAACAAGGAACAAUGAUUGCCGCAAAUUUUGAUCCCAAGAAAAAUUUAAAUGAAGCUGCAAAUUUAUUUGCUAACCAUAGACAACAAAUUAGCCCAGCAUCACCAGUUUUAUCUCCACAAUCACAGCCAUCCAGUUCUUCAAGAUCGAAGAAGUCUAGUAUUAAAGUAAAACAAGAACACUCGUCUCCCAUAUUUGCUGCUGCUGAAAACUUAAAUCUUGGCUUAUCAACUGCUAUUACUAAUAAAAGAAGCACCAACGAAUUAUUAAUGUCAGAUUUUGACAGUGAUCUCGACAAUCCUCUUACACAUAAUCAACUAGGAGAAUCACUAUCACCUCCAGAUCAUUAUAAUCGUCAACCAGCAACUACAUUAUUCGUCUACGAUGCUCCAAUAUUAAGCAAAACUUCUUCAAUAACAUCAUUGACUAACAAAUAUGAAAAUCAUACACUAUUAUCACCCCAAUUAUCAGCCACUUCACCUACACCAACCCCUACUUUGGCUACUGGGGAGGUUUUGUCUACAAUAAGAAGAUCUUCAUCUUCAUUAUCACACAAAAAACUGAAGAAUAGUGGACAUGUUUCCAAACCAAACCAUAUACAUUCUCAUAAUCACAAUCAUGGUAAUAUGAAUACGGUCAAGAGAGAAAGUGCUGAUUCCUCAACAUCAUCUUCUGGAUCAAUAAUACCUUCUCCAAUGACAAUGAACCAGCAAAGUCUUUUCAAUCAAGAUAUUAGAGGCGCAGAUUUAGAAAUAUUUAAUAACGUUUUUGACAACCACAACAAUAAUAAUAACAAAAUAAUGACUAAUAUAUUCCCUUCUGAUCCAUUAAUGCAACAUCAACAACAACAACAGCCACUCCAAGCAGGUAGUCCUGUUGAGUUUCCAUUUGGGCAACCCUUUCAAUCACUUGAUGUGUUGACUGCCACUGAUGGGUUGGAUAGUUUUAUGAAUGGGGGUAACAAUCCAUUUAUGGGGAAAUACUAA